AUGGCGCAAAGUUUAGUCUUGUCUAUUAUAUGUUUUAUCAAUAAAAAACGCGGGUGCAGAACGCUAUGUCUUGACAGCCUGAAGUUUAACCUUCUUGCCAGCAAUCAACACUUUGAUGCUUUUAACACCGCCAUUGCCCUGUUGCUCGUUCCUGGCAAGCACAUUGAAUUGCCUUUUACUGACGGCAAGUUAAGAAUUCCUGCCAUUUUCUACGGCAGUGGCAAAAAGGAAGCGCGACCGACAAUCAUUCUAGGCAACGGCUACGAUGGAGGGCAGGAAGAGAUGCUCCACGUCAUGGGCAAGGCUAUUCUUGAACGCGGAAUGAACGUCAUCACGUAUGAAGGACCUGGCCAACCAACCGUGAGGCGAAAGCAAAACUUGGGUUUUAUUCAUGAGUGGGAAAAAGUAGUAUCACCCGUGGUUGACUAUCUUCUGACCCGUCCAGAAGUUGAUCCAAAGAGCAUUGGUCUUUUGGGGUAUUCCUUUGGUGGCAUGCUUGCGCCACGCGCAGCUUUUGAACACCGACUUGCCCCAGUAUUUGCCGUAGAUGGUGUGUAUGAAUUCGCAUCUGUGGUGUAA